AUGAUGACUGCUGAAUCAAGGGAAGCUCCUGGUCUGUCCCCCCAGGCUGCCCAAGAGAAGGAUGGUAUCGUAAUAGUGAAGGUAGAAGAGGAAGAUGAGGAAGAACAUAUGUGGGGGCGGGACUCCAGCCUGCAGGAGACUCCUCCUCCUGACCCAGAGAUCUUCCGCCAGCGCUUCCGGCACUUCUGUUAUCAGAACACUUUUGGGCCUCGAGAGGCUCUGAGUCGACUGAAGGAACUUUGUCAUCAGUGGCUGCGACCAGAGAUAAACACCAAGGAGCAGAUUCUGGAGCUGCUGGUGCUGGAGCAGUUCCUUUCCAUCCUGCCCAAGCAGCUUCAAGCCUGGCUGCAGGAAUACCGUCCCGAUAGUGGGGAGGAGGCUGUGACCCUUCUGGAAGAUUUGGAGCUUGAUUUAUCAGGACAGCAGGUCCCAGGUCAAGUGCAUGGACCUGAGAUGCUCGCAAGGGGGAUGGUGCCUCUGGAUCCUAUUCAGGAGUCCUCAAGCUUUGACCUUCAUCAUGAGGCCACCCAGUCCCAUUUCAAGCAUUCAUCUCGGAAACCCCGCCUCUUACAGUCACGGGCUCUCCCUGCCACCCACGUUCCUGCCCCUCAUCACGAGGGGAGUCCCAGAGACCAAACAAUGGCUUCUGCACUAUUCACGGCAGACUCCCAGGCAAUGGUGAAGAUCGAGGACAUGGCUGUGUCCCUCAUCCUGGAGGAGUGGGGAUGCCAGAACCUGGCUCGGAGGAAUCUCAGUAGGGACCACAGGCAGGAGCAUUAUGGGAACGUGUUUUCCCAGGGUUGUGAAAGCAGGAAUGAGAAUGAGGAGUCGACCUCCAAGGCUGAAAUCACAAAAGACUCAGCAUCACGUGGGGAGACAAGAGGAAGAAUCCAGAAAGAUUUUGGAGAAAAACGUGAACAGCAGGGCAAAACAGCAGAAAGGCAGCAGAAGACUCCUGAGGAGAAAGCUGGAAAAGAAAAGAAAGAUUCAGGGCCAGCUACAGCUAAGGACAAAAAAACAACCACAGGAGAGAGAGGACCCAGGGAGAAGGGUAAAGGAUUGGGAAGAAGCUUCAGUCUGAGUUCAAACUUUAACACCACUGAAGAAGUUCCGACAGGAGCAAAGUCUCAUAGAUGUGAUGAAUGUGGUAAAUGCUUCACAAGGAGUUCAAGCCUUAUUCGCCAUAAGAUCAUCCACACUGGAGAAAAGCCCUAUGAAUGCAGUGAGUGUGGGAAAGCCUUCAGUCUGAACUCAAACCUUGUCCUGCAUCAGAGAAUCCACACGGGCGAGAAACCUCAUGAAUGUAAUGAGUGUGGCAAAGCCUUCAGUCAUAGUUCAAAUCUCAUUCUGCAUCAGCGAAUUCACUCUGGAGAGAAACCUUAUGAAUGUAACGAGUGUGGGAAGGCCUUCAGCCAGAGCUCAGACCUUACAAAACAUCAGAGAAUCCACACAGGGGAGAAACCCUAUGAAUGUAGCGAAUGUGGAAAAGCUUUCAACCGAAACUCAUACCUUAUUUUGCACCGGCGAAUUCACACCCGAGAAAAGCCCUAUAAGUGCACUAAGUGUGGCAAGGCCUUCACCCGGAGCUCAACCCUCACCCUGCAUCACAGAAUCCAUACCAGAGAGCGAAACUCGGAGUACAGCCAGGCUUCUCUUGAUGCGUUUGGAGCAUUCCUGAAAAGCUGUGUGUAA